UCGUCCCCGUUGAGCCUCGCCGCUCACCUGAUAAAUGUUCUCCGCCUUCCCUUCUCGGUCGCCCACCUCCUUCAUGCAAUCCCCUUUGACCUCCUCCCGGAGGGUCGAGCGCAUGACCGGUUGAUCGGUCCAUCCCGCCGUUCUCCGAUCGCGUCGCCCCCCGUCGGGAACCGACCGGAUUCCUCUCCCUCCCGCCGGCGAUCGCCGGCCUCUUUGUCCCCCGAUCACCGCCCCCCGCCCCGCCGGCGCCUCCCCUUCCCCUCCCCCUCCGUCGUCGAUCGCUCCGCUCGAUGAGGUUAGAACUCGGCGGUAGGAGAACAGGAUGCGAGCUCGGUAGAAACAUGCCGAUGAGGAGCAAAGCUCCGUCGCUGGUCGAUCUCUGCGUCAGGACCGCGAUAGAUAACCUGAGAUAUCUAGGCGACGUCGGCGAGACCGAUGCUGAGCUUCUUGGGAGAAUCUUGCCGCACUGUACGGUUGAUCAGCUGAUGCACAUAGAGAAAAGUUCGAAAGGAAGAGACUUGACUCCGGUCACCGAUGAUCUGUGGAAGAAUUUUUAUGAGAAACAAUUCGGUAGUCAGAGCGCUAAUCUUGUCAUCGAGAGGAUGAAGCACAAGAAGUUUUCGUUCAGAUGGUUACAAUUGUAUGAGGCAAAGUUGAAGGACAUCGAGGAGGCUCAGAAUAAGUCGCUGGAUAGGAUGAGGCAACUAUACAAGGAAACGGAUGCCCAUAAACAAAGCCGGCAAGUUCGUCUUUGCUCAAAGGUGCCACCAUCAAGCAAUAAGAGAAGUUUCGGUUGCGGAUCUUACAACGUAUCCAAUCUGAAGAGCAAUAUAAUGAAGAAGGCAAAGAUAGAGACUCUUAAUAGUCGAGAGGUGAAAAACAUUGCAGCCAUGAGGAAAAAGGCAAUCCAGAGAGAAUACAGUAUUUCUCCCUUGAUAAGGCCACGAGGGCCGUCCGGUGGAGACUCUGCUUCAUCUUCUAAAGUGACGAAACCCAUGGGGAGAAGAAUUUAGAAGCUUGCUUCUGUUCAGAGGCUUUGCCAGGAACGGCAAUACAGGAUAGCACUCAUACAUGAAAGAUUUGCAUAUCAGAAUUAUAUUAUGUUUCGUCUUCUUCACCGGGUUUGUGCGAGCCUCCGUGCCUAUUCACUAUCCUUCGGCCACCCCGUGUGUAACUUUAUUUGCUCAUGAAUUAUUUAAAGACAUUUAGUUAUGAUUUGAGUGAUAAAGGUUCCUUCAAGUA